AUGGCGUCUUUGCAAGACUCCCUCUUAUCGCUAAACGCAACAACCUGGGACGCCAUCCCACGCGACCAGUCCGCCCUCCGAGAAUACAUCACCGACCUCCGCGCCAAAGCCCGCCUGAUAAUCGACUCCGUCCCUGAACCCCCUCCCUCCGACACGAAAAGCACACUCAACAACAACAUCAAGCUGAAACCGUCCCCCGCACGCCUCGGCACAAAGAACGAGGCCACCCGCGCCAACCAGAAACAAUGGAGCAAGCCGAUUGUUAAGCCGGCGCCCGGCAAGGAUAACCCGCUCGGCAUUCCGGUUUACAAGUUACCAGGAAACGAUGGACAGGGACAUUGGUUUGGACGGCGGAGUGUGCAUAGGGGGUUGCCGUAUAGUGUGUGGGAGGAGAAGCUGUCGAGUGAGAUGGCGGAAACGUUAAAGACGAAUCAAGAGCGUGUCCAGAAUGGCCAGCAGCCUGAUCAGGCGGUAAGAGGCAUUGGAGCGCAACGGGGUCUUGAGACGAUUGAGAUCAAGGGUGAGGAUGAGGAGAAGGUUGUGGGGAAGGUGAAUGUCUACCAUGUUAGUGCGUCGUUUCCGAAGCCGACGACGAGCCGCGAUUUCGUGGUGAUGAUUGUUACGUGGGAGGCUGGGUUUGUGGAGGAUGAGAAGCGGGAUGGGAAUAGGGAGGAGAAAGAGGGGCGCAGCUGGCUGAUGGUUUCACGGCCUGUCGAGCACCCCGAGGCACCUGAAGGAGACGAGUAUAUCCGAGGGCAGUACGAGUCUGUGGAGAUGAUUAGGGAGAUUUUGGUGGAUAAGGAUGCUUCAAAUUCGGAGUCCGAGUCGAACCCCGUCGAGUGGACCAUGGUGACGAGGAGUGACCCUGGGGGCACGAUUCCGCGGUGGAUGGUUGAGAAGGGUACGCCGAAGAGCAUCUGUACCGAUGCAGCUAAGUUCCUGGAAUGGGCGAGUCAGGACCCUGAAGCUGCUGCGAAGGUUCGUGAGCGCGCUGAAUCCAGAACAGGGCAGGUGGAUGGGACGGCGCCGAGUGCGGUUGUUGGUCACUUGUCAGACAGUGAUAGCAGUUUGAGUUCUGAGGAUGAGUAUGAACAGGAGGAGCAUCACGGUCUCAUUGCAAGCAUGGGCAGUCUUCUUAACGCUGGCUUGGAGCGUUACGCGCCGCAGGCCGUCCUGGAUUACAUACCAGCGCAUUCGCGCCAGUCAUCAGCCAGCUAUAACUCGCCAAACGCAAAGUCGGACACGAAAGAGGUACAUGAGCAUACUCCCGAACCUCAGCCUCAACAAACGAACGUGGACCCCAAUGAUCCAGACGAAACACUCUCCCAAGCAUCCGUCGCCUCUUCCCUUCCCGCCGAAGCGGCCCCGGCCAACGACAUGAUCGAUGCCUCGGCAGCUGAGCUCCUCCAACGAAACCGCAAAGGCAAGCUCUCAUCGCACGAGCGGCAACUCGCCAAGCUUGCCCAGGAGAAACGCAGCGUCGAAGCCCAGAUUGAGCUCGUCCGGUCAGACAUCCAAUCUCUCGGCCUACGUGCACCAGACGAGCAAGAAGUCAAGAAGGAGAAAACGUCCGCCCGUGAAUCGGUCGAUAACCCUACCGCUACAAGCCCAAGCAGCAGCGCCAACAAUACCUCCGACGGGGGCAGUAGCACGACCAAGAACCGCAGCCGCUCCAACACGCCGGCCUCCGAUAACCCGGAGAUGCACAAAGUCGCCUCUACUCUCUUCCGCGAAGAAGCUAAGCUCGUCCGCCGUCUCGCGAAGAUCGAACGGCAUCAGAUCAAGGAAGCGGCUAGGGUCGAGGCGCAGCAUCGGAAGGAGGCAGAGAAGGAGGAAAAAGCGCGCUCGCGCGAUGAGAACGAGGCGCUGAAACGGGAGGUCGAGCAGUUGAAGAAGGAGUGCGAUCGGUUGAAGAGUGAGCGGAAGCAGUGGCUUGGACUGAUCAAGGCGCUGCAAGCGGAGAACACGAAGUUGGCGAGGCAGGGUGGGAGUCCGAGUAAGGAUGCGGAUGCGAAGUGA